AAAAUAAUUUUUAUUUUUUUAUUUUACAUACACAUACAAUGAACUUAAAAAUAGGUCUUGAGUGUGAUGGUGUGAUGCAAUUUUGAUGUCAUGAUUCAUCAUUAUAAUCUGUAAUUGUGGGAUUUACACAACAAUCCAAUGUUACAGAUUUUUUUGCCAAUUUAAUUUUUUUCACAAUAUAAUAUUCGUAGGUGCAGAAGAAAAUAAUUCUACCGGAGUACCGGUUUUGAUAAACUUUGUAUUUAUUAGAAUCAAAAUGAGUAGCCAAGACUUGAUUCCUAGGAACUAUCAAGUUCUUUUGAUGAAAAUAUGUCUUGAGCAAAAUACUAUUAUUUAUUUACCAACUGGGUCUGGUAAAACAUUUAUAACUACAAUGGUCCUAAAGCAAAAAGGAGAAGACCUUUUAAAAUCAUACAGUGAGGGCGGUAAAAUCUCUAUAAUCUUAGUGAAUACCGUAGCACUUGUUGAUCAACAUGGAUCUUACAUUACCAAUCAUACAAGCUUCUCUGUUGGAAAAUAUACUGGUGAGAUGAAUCUAGACUUCUGGCCAAGGACUAAAUGGUUUAACGAGUUUAACCAAUAUCAAGUAUUGAUAAUGACGUCACAAAUUUUGGAUAACCUAUCCAGGACUGAUUAUAUAGAUUUGAACAAAGUUAAUCUGUUGGUUUUUGAUGAAUGCCAUCGAGGCGUAAACGAUCAUACCAUGAGAAAUUUAAUGAAACGAUUUGAACAUUUGAUUGACCCUCCGAGAGUUAUUGGACUCACGGCGACUCUGUUAAACGGCAAUUGUCAACCACAUGAGGUGUUACCGAAAAUUAGGAGUUUGGAAACAACAUUUCAUAGUAAAGUCGCCACAGUAGAAGAACUUAAAGAUGUUAUUGGCUAUUCCACAAACCCUCAGGAACGUAACGUUGGAUUUGAUAGACACAGUCUUGACGAAGAUGAGGUGUUUGUUAUGACUAGAUUAGAGAAAACCAUUCAAAAUUUGUCAUCGAUAAAAGGAAAUCCGAUGCCAAUUACUUUAAGUCUAAAGGGGUUGGUACCAAUACGCGCAGAAGAUGGACAAAAACGUUUAAUAAAUCUUCUUAAGGAUUUGAAGUAUCAUGUUGAAACCAUGGGUAUAUAUGGUGGAUCAAAAGCUUGCGAAGUGAAUAUUAUAAAAAUUGAAAGGUUAAAGAAACAUUGUGAAGACAUGAAGCUUUCCAUGAUCUUUGACUCUGUGCAGACCACGCUUUCGUUUAUUACUCGGAAGUUAAACAAACGCAUGGAGGAUGUCUCCGAAAAGGAGAAGAUAUAUCUAUAUUCUUCAGACCAAAUUAAACAACUGAUUCGGAUAUUUAACGAUUACCAACAAAAAAAGGGCACUGAUGAAAUAUGCUGCAUAGUGUUUACGCAGAGAAGAUCUACAGCGCAAAUUUUGUUUCAUAUUUUGAACGCGUUGAGUCAAAAUUAUCCCCAAUAUAGUUAUAUCAAAGCCAAUUUUAUAGUUGGGCAUAACAGUAAUCCUUAUAAUGACACUAGGGAACUGUUAUAUUUACAUAAGAAAAACAAACAAAUUUUGAACGAUUUCACCAACAAAGACAUCAACGUCUUGGUAUCAUCUAACGUUCUGGAAGAGGGUGUAGAUGUACCCAAAUGCAGCCUAGUUAUAAAAUAUGACUGCCCGAUGGACUACAGAUCCUAUGUUCAAUCGAAAGGAAGAGCUAGACACAAAGAAAGUCUUUACUAUGUCAUGGUUGAAGUAGGGACCUACCGAAGUUUCACUCAAAGGGUAAAUGGCUAUAAAAAAAUCGAGGACAUGUUAAAUCAG